AUGAGUUGCUAUAUGCACAAUCCAAAGAAGCACCAUAUGGAGGAUGCUCGACGAAUGCUAAGAUAUGUGAAAAGUACAAUUGAUUAUGGUCUUCUGUAUAAAAGAAGUGAAGAAUGUAAGUUGGUUGGUUACUGCGACUCUGACUAUGCAGGAGAUCAUGAUAUUCGUCGUUCAACUACUGGAUUUGUGUUUAAGCUUGGAGUUAGAGCAGUUUCUUGGUGCAGCAAAAGGAAGCCAAUAGUGUUGCUGUCAACAACAAAAGCUGAGUAUCGGGCUGCAGUAGUUGCAGCUCAAGAAAGUUCAUGGCUUAUGUUGCUGAGAAGGAUUUAA